AUGCCCCGCCAUCCUCACCAGCAGCAACACCAACAACAACAACCCUACCCACACCUCCUCCGCCGCCACCCCGCCCAAGAAACACCCUCAACAUCCACGCCCCCUUCCCUUCCAGGACAAGGACCAGGCCCAGGAUCCCGCCCUACAGCUCCUCCCCGUCCUCGCCCUCAACCUCAUCCACCAGCCGCCGCCGCCGCAGCAGCAGACCCCCGCCUCCUCAACGCCGCCGCGGCGGCCUCGAACGCGCAAUCGCGCUCCCGCGCCGCACAGUUCCAGACUCCUCCCUCGCGCACCAUCCCGCAGCUCCAUCCGUCCUCGGGGCCCCUGGAGCCGGCCGAUACGGUGCAUCCGGCGCAGGCGGCGCAGGCGGCUAUCUUUUCGCUGUUUGGGCGCGGCGUGCAUGGGAGACCGCAGAGGUAUGGGCAUCAGUAUCAAGCUCAGCAUCCCCAGCAAUAUUCGCAUCGAGAGGCGCAGGGGUUAGGUGGGUUAGGGCAGAGACAGAGGGCGAGGGGGAUGGCCAUGGGGAUGGGGUAUACCGAGGGGGACGAGGAACAGGAAGGUUCUGAUGAGGAAUCUGGGGAAGGUGGAGUAGAUGUGGAUGAGUAUGAGGAGGUUGAGGAUGAUGAGGAGGAAGAGGCGAGCUUCGCGGACCAUCACCAUCCAUCAGGAUUAGGGAGACGGCGGGGGUUUACGGAUCGGAGUCGCAUUACGGUGGAUCCUGAGGGGAACGAGAUUGAGAUGUCGGAUGAGGAUAUGGAGGGGAUGGUGGAUGAUGAGUUGGAGGAGGUCGAGGAUGAGGAGGAAGAGGAGAUUGUGGAUGAGGAUGUUGAUGAGGAUGAGAUGAUGCAGGAUCGAGAACGCUCCCCCUCUCCCCUCCCCGCCAACCUCCGCGAAAUCUCCUCCCUAGCCUCGUGGACCGUCUCAACGCACAAACCGGGUUGCGGCGUCGCCGCUCUCCGCAACCCCUCGCCAACCCAGUACUGGCAGUCCGACGGCCCGCAGCCACACACGCUGACGCUACAUUUCUUUAAGCUCGUCGCGGUGGUCAAGAUCCGCGUGUACCUUGACUGCGAGAUGGAUGAGAGCUACACACCGACGAAGAUGACCUUCCUCGCCGGAAUGGGGGGCAACGACGUCGUGGAGUUCGCGACCUGGGAAGGCGAAGGACCGUGCGGCUGGGUCGACGUACCGCUAGAAGGCGUCGGCGGACGGGACGGUGGUUGGGUGCGCAAGAAGCGGAGACGGCGUGUGCGAAAGGGCGAGAAGAAGAAGAACGGCACCAACACGAAGCAAGGAUCCAGCACGAUCCGGAACGACUACGUCGAGGACGAAGACGAAGGCGAGGGCGACGAGACGGCCGAAGAGGAAGACGACGAAGAUGAUCCGUACGCGGGCAACGUGCUCAAAGCCAUGGUCAUUCAGAUGCGCGUGAUUGAGAACCAUCAAAACGGUAAGGAUACUCACGUGCGUGGGUUCCAGGUGUUUGCGCGUGACGACGAGCGCAGGCGUAUGGGAAACGCGCCGUCCGCGUCGGCGGAUGGUCGAGUGCGCAGGCACAGUGCGCGCAAGUCGUUGCGGGCGAGCACGAAUGACGAGGGCGCGGAGGCGCGCGAGGCAGUUGGGGAUCUGGACCGGGGGAAGGUGGUUGGACUUGAGGCACCGGAUUGGAUGGGAGAACCGGUGAUUCGAUAG